AUGAUUAAACAACAGCAACCACAGACCAUUACAUACGCCAUAUAUGCAUAUAAUUCAAAGACGGCAGAACAAACGCAAAUGUUGAAAUAUGGAGAUUUGGAGAUAGUAUUGAAAAAUGACCAUUUCGAAUUCGUUUGCAAAGGUGGUGCAGUGAUAUCAAAUAUAAAAGAAAUUUUAUUUAUGAAUUCAAAAAUUAAAGGAAUAACGGAUGAUAUAACAUCAAUUCCACCAGAAGAACAAAGAUAUUACGCAUUAAAUGCAUUUCCUAAAGUUUUGAAGAUUGGAAGAUUUAAUUUAAAUGAGGAAUUCAUAAAAGGUUUCCUAAAUGACAUAAUGAAGAAAGCAGAUAAGGAAUAUGUUAACGAUGAGUUAGCAAAGAAAGCAGAUAUAUCAUUUGUUAACGAUGAGUUAGCAAAGAAAGCAGAUAAGGAAUAUGUUAACGAUGAGUUAGCAAAGAAAGCAGAUAAGGAAUAUGUUAACGAUGAGUUAGCAAAGAAAGCAGAUAAGGAAUAUGUUAACGAUGAGUUAGCAAAGAAAGCAGAUAAGGAAUAUGUUAACGAUGAGUUAGCAAAGAAAGCAGAUAUAUCAUUUGUUAACGAAAUAUACCAAAGUUUAGUUGGAACAAAAAAUAUUGAAACUAUUGUUGGCGACUUUUCUGUCAAUGAAGAAAACAAAUAUUUUAGAUGGGAGUUUGUACAGUCCUUAAGAAAUGGUAUACGGUAUAAACUCAUUCCGAAAAAUAACAAUGAAAUGUAUGUAGGCUAUAUAAAGAAUAAUGGCACACAAGUUAAAGUUCCAUUAGACAACAACUGCUACUUAAACUUAUAUGGAGACGAACAAAAGAAAUAUUUAAGAGUUUAUGAAAUGACGGAUAUGACAUUGUCUAACGUAGCUCCAGCACCGUAUUAUUAUGACUAUGGUGUUGACGCACAUGUAGACCCAAAAAAGCAAACAUUAUAUUUAGAUUAUUAUAGAUAUAAAAGAUAUAAUGCAAUAGAAAAAACGAGAAUAGUAUACUAUUAUGAAGAUGACAAAAAUAAAUAUUAUAGUCAAGAUUUUACAUACCCUGAAAACAUAAGAUUAUAUUAUAAAAAAUAUUCUGACACAAACCAGAAGAAACCCGAAAUAGUUACACUAUAUUUUAAGUUCAAAAGAGACAAUCCUAUAAUAUCUCAUAUGUUUGAUUUAAUGAACCCAGUAGGUUCUAUUUAUACAUCUAUGGAUGUGAGAGGUCCUCAAGCAAUGUUUGGUGUUGGUGCAUGGGAACAAAUAGUCGACAGGUUUUUGUAUUGUGCAAACUCUUCAAAGGAAACAGGGGGAAGUAAAACAAUUACGGGUGAAAAUUUACCUGCACACAGUCACUACAUAGAUUUAAGCACAUCUCAAGCAGGUUGGCAUAAGCAUAGAUAUUGGGAUUGGUCAGGAAUGACAAAAGGUAAAGGAUAUGAUGUUAAAGAUGAUGUUAAAUUUGCCAUAAAUUGUUACUGGAGUGACACUCAGGGAGAAGGAAACCAUACACAUCGCGUUUCAGGAUAUACACAAACAACGGGACAAAGUAAAGAUUACAUGCCACCAUUUAUGACUGUAUUCGCAUGGUAUAGAGUUCAAUGA